CGAUCGGCGCAGAGGGGCGGAGGGCCGACCACUGCCAACGGCCCGAAAUAACGUCCGGUCCAGCGCGGCAGUGAACGGCUGUCGCCAUGGAAACGGACUCGGCCGACGGCAAGGGCAUCAGUCCCCCGGAGAGCCCGUCCAAGAGGGCCGACUCGUCACUGACAGAUACCUCGAGCGCAGGCGGCAGUCGCUUCAGCCCGCCGGCUCGGCUGCUGGUACUCCUGCUGACGACGUUUGGCUUUGUCGUCCAGAUGAGCCUGCGCGUCACCAUGUCGGUGGGCGUGGUCGCCAUGGUCAACCACACGGCCAUCCCGCACGUACAGACAUCGCACGUGGCCAUCUGCCAGAACUCGAGCGUGGCGCCGCCGGCGGCAACGGCGGCUAACGCCAGCCUGGAGAAGACGACGCCGGCCGGCUCUGGACGGCCAGAGGACGGAGAGUACCUAUGGGACGAGUUCACCCAGGGCCUGAUCCUCUCGUCGUUCUACUGGGGCUACACGGUGACGCAGGUGCCGGGCGGCUACUUCACCGAGCGUUACGGCACCAAGAUCGUGCUGGGCGUGUCACAGGGCAGUAACGCGGCGCUGAGCCUGCUCAUCCCGUCGGCGGCGGCGCUCGGUGCGCCCUGGGUCAUGGUGGUGCGCGUGCUGCAGGGCCUGGCGUGCGGCGUCAUCUACCCCUGCCUCUACCCCACGCUAGGCCGCUGGUUCCCGAUCAACGAGCGGCAGAUGGCGCUGGGCUGCAUCAACGGCUUCACGGCGUUCGGCAUCGUCACGACGUCGGCAUGCUCGGGCCUGGUGGCGUCCAGCUACGGCUGGCGCGCCAUCUUCUACAUCACGGGCGGCGUGGGCCUGUUCUGGCUGGCGUGCUGGGUGCUGCUGAUGCACGAUACGCCGGCCGACCACCCGCGCAUCAGCGAGCGCGAGCGUCGCCUGAUCGCCGCCGGCAACGCCACCAAGCGGCGCACGGAGCGGCGGCCGCCCUACCUGCAGAUGCUGCUCUCGCCGCCCGUCUGGGCCAUCGUCAUCACCGAGUGCGCCAACAGCUGGGCGCUCACGUACCUGCUCACCUCGCUGCCCACCUACAUGAAGCACAUCCUCGGCUUCAACAUCCGCGCCAACGGCCUGCUGAGCGGGCUGCCGCUGCUGGGGCGCGGCCUGGCGUUCUGCGGCGGCUGCGGCCUCCUCCUGCUGCUGGUCACCUUCGUCGGCUGCCAGCCGGCCGUCGCCACCUUCUUCUUCUUCAUGGCCGGCUUCUUCAACGGCUUCAUCGGCACCGGCCACCUGGUUAACAGCCUCGACAUUGCGCCGAACUAUUCCGGCAGCCUGUACGGCAUCGCCAACUUCCUAGCGAACGCCAUGGCCAUCCUCAACCCCAUCGUGACCGGCGCCAUCAUCCGCGGCCAGCAGACCAUGGAGCGGUGGAGCAUCGUCUUCUACCUGGGCUGCGGCAUCUUCUUCACCGCCCUGGUGCUGUACCAGCUGAUGAUGUCGGUGGAGCGACAGACGUGGGACAAGCAGGAGGACAUCUGCGACGGUAACGACUACCGCGUCAAGAGCGGCGUAACCAACGCGGUGGACGUCUCCCUGGAGGAGCAGCGCUUCGACGAUGGCCGUGGCCAAGAGUCCAACGGCUUCAGCCAGCCCCGAUAGCCCAGCGGAGAGUCACCGGCGGCGGGGAGUGCCAGCGCGCCGCGUCACCGGCGACGGGGGGCACCAGCGCGCCGCGUCACCGGCGGCGGAGAGCGCCAGGGCGCCGCGUUACCGGCGGCGGGGAGCGCCAAGGUGCCGCGUCACCGGUGGCGGGGAGCGCCAGGGCGCUGUGUCACCGGCGGCAGGGAUCACCAGGGCGCCGCGUCACCAGUGGCCGGGGCGCCCACCAGAUGGUACCACCACCACCGACGGCGCGGCUGGUGGCCCCUGGUCGCUGGACGAGCCGCGAGACACCGCCGCGGGCGGGGCUGGCUGAGCCAGGGUGCGCUGCGAUCGCCGACCGCCGCCGCUACACCACAGAGGGAACAUGUGCGGAUGUGCUCCGGUGUUUCGGUGAACGUUUGUGGACUCUGAGUGAUACCGCUGCCCGUCGCUGCUGAGCGCUUGCUGGAGAACAAGUCCACGUGUAGAACAUUUGAGGACCCCUGACCAAUCUGCUCGAAGCAUGGCUGGUUUGUAGGCCACUGUAUCGCGUGCGACGUGAGGUCGCCGCGCGGUGGGGAUGUCAGAUAAAUGACGUCACGCGACUCGUGACGUCUCUUCGGGCGUCGGUCCGGUUACGUCACAUAGUGUGAUCGGGUUCGCGUACGAGAGCCGUCUGCCACCUCCCCCCCCCC